UCGUUUCAUUCGGUUUCGCAUGUUUGUCCAAUGUCAGCGACACAGCGGCUAUAUAAUAUUAGCUCGCUUGCACUCACACUGUACCGGACUCUCGGUUGCCGAGUUCGUAUUAGAUUUUCGAUAUAUUUCAAUUGUGAAUAAGAAGAAGCAACACACCAAUGAAAAAUAUAGCAUCGACAGAGCCAAAAGUCUACAUGAGAUGAUUUAACGACGACAGUGUAGAAAGAACGUAGCAGCAGAACACUCGUGAGGUGCGCCGUGCACACGAGGAAUAAAAAUUUCCUUUCCAUACACACAACAACAACAGAUGUGCAAACUGUAAGUGAGUGAACUAGAAGAUAGCGACGACGACGACGAAGAAAAAAAAAGUCGACAGAACAAAAGAAACAGAAAAAAGAACAAUUGGAAAAGAAAUUUUUUAUUUGUAAUCGCCCUGAACUGUGUGAAAAAACGAACCAAUCGAAUUUGUGUUUAGUUUAAAGAGAACAAAAAAUAAAUUGUACGGAAAUCAAACAUACAAGAAGCGAUUCAAAGAGGAAAAAUCGGAAAGAAUCUUACGAAAUAAACUUGAAUUUUGAUUGACAUAAACAUAGGUAAAGAAGGAAGAAUUUCAAUUGAUAGUGCGUUAAAGGCGGUGGAUCAAAUCCAUUCAAGACAAUCUCUCAUUAAUUUUUUGUUUUUGUUAAUUUAUUGCAUAAAUGCAUUCGAGUGUAAUAUGAUUUGAACAGUGAUUUGUUUGCCAAGAUUAAGCAAAAUCCAUCUAUAAUAAUCAGCACAUAUAUAACCUCAGCAAUUAUAGUUAAAAAAAAGAAUUGAAAACGGAAUUAAAUUAAACAAAAAAAAAGAAAAAAAUACAACUAAACGUCGUAUGUGAAACAUGGAUGAUGAUUCCGUACCGACUCAUCCGCACUUGAUUCGAGUCGCGUGAGAGCCUCCACGACCAACCGGCUGAUACAAUAUACAAGCACAACAACACACAAAAUGGCGGAUGGUGGACAUUCAUUUGGCAAGAAAACAUUUCACAAACCAACCUAUUGCCACCACUGUUCCGACCUACUAUGGGGUCUUAUCGGACAGGGAUACAUUUGUGAAGUGUGUAACUUCAUCGUGCACGAAAAAUGUAUUCCAAGCGUUGUGACACCUUGUUCGAGCGUAGCACCAUGUAUAAUAAAAAAUCCCAUAGCGCAUUGUUGGUCGGAACCAACGCAUCACAAGAGAAAAUUUUGUACCGUAUGCCGAAAACGAUUCGAUGAAUCACCAGCUGUUCAUUGUAUGAUAUGCGAAUAUUUCGCACAUGUCGAUUGCCAAGAUUUUGCAAUUCCCGAUUGUAAGGAGAAUGCCACAUAUGUUCCAGGCAAAGAAUUGUCAUCCGUAAAACAUCAACAUCAUUGGCGAGAAGGGAAUCUUCCACAGACAUCGAAAUGUUCUUAUUGCAGAAAAUCAUGUUGGUCCACAGAAUGUUUAACAGGAUAUCGCUGCGAAUGGUGUGGCAUGACAACGCAUUCAGGAUGUCGCAGUUAUAUUUCAAACGAUUGCACAUUUGGCAUACUGCAACCGAUUUAUCUGCCACCGCAUGCCGUUUCGAUUCCACGUACCGAAGUACCUAUGGAAGCCAUUAUCGGUGUUCAAGUUAGGUCGAGAAGCACUCCACUGCAAAGAGACUACUCAUGCCCUGAACUUCGAACGAUUGGACUGUGUGAUGCAACAACCGAUAGUGAAUUGUCAAUUCGACAGCUUGAACUAACGCCAAACACCAGCGAAAAUAGUUUUCGAAUAAAUCCCAAUAAUAUGCAGCAAAAAUACUCCAAAGAAUCGAUUGAUAGCGGAUGCCAAAAUGAACACAUUCGAUGCGAUGAUGACACAUGGCGACAUUGUGAUUUAAAUAUUGUAGAUAUUACGAAACAUAUUAGUAGCAACAACAAUAAUGAUAAUAGUAAUAAGAAAAAGGAUACAUUAGAUUUAGCGGUAAAUUGUCGAAAAUCAUCAUCGAGCACAUUGUCAGAUGCGAGUAGUUGUGGCACAAAUCGAUCGGCCACCUCAUCAACGUCGGACCAACGAAAACGUAAAGAUUCGCCCAAAUAUCAUUCGGCCGUCAAAGGUCGUUUUCAUAAAGAUGCGUCCGUUUCACGAAGUAAAUCGUUUCAAGAGCAAGACGUACGAAAAUCGAAUCAGGCACGAUUUUACAUUUCUUCACGAGGAAUGCGUCAUAAUGAUGCAUUUAACGAUGAUUACAAAUUGAGCAAAACCAUUUCACAUCAUAACAUCGAAAUUACCAUUGAAGAUACCGACGCCAGUGCAACGCCGCUCAUUAAUCACAAAUCGGUAGCAACACCAAAACCAAGUGGGAAAAUCAAAGCGAAUUAUUGCUCGGCACCGUUGAAUUCAAGUGAUUUAAAUUAUGAACGUCAUCAUCAUAAAAUUCGUAGCGGUCAUAUAUUGAGUCGAAUAUUUCGACGUAUGCGCAAAUUUUCAAUGCCAUGGCGAAAAUCAAAAAAUAAAUCACGAACCAGAGCACGAAGCAUAUCUGAAGAGUUUAGUAGCGGUGAUGCAGCUCGUUUACGUGAUGAAGAAUAUGCAUCGCGACCGGAAUGCAGUGGUUCUGGUUCGCAUUCGCGCACCGAAUCAACACAUAAAUCCGAUAAAGGCGAUAACAAACGUGACAGAGAGAAAGAAGAACGUGACGAAGAAACGAUUAAAGUGUUUGACGGUAAUUUAUCGUUACGACGGCGCAUUUUCCGAGCAAUAACCGUACCACGUCAAUGUACACUCGAACAAUUGUUGACCACAUCGUUGCGAGCAUUUCACAUAACACGCGAUCCAAAUGCAUUCUACUUAACCGAUCUGUAUGCGCUCGGCAAUGAAGAAGUGCGCGUUCAAGAUCCACAUCCUGUAUUGAAUUUACAUCGCAUUGAAGGCAAACGACCAGCAAUAUUUCUCAGGUUUCUUGAUGAAAACGACAAUGGAUUCGUUCGUGUUUAUCCGGGAAAAUUGCAAUUGCAAAUCGAAGAUGCUUUUGUUAAUGUACCAGUGGAUAAUGAAACCACUGUGAAUGACUUAGUUCGUGAUGCAUUGAAUAGAUUUGGACUACAAGAUAAUAAAAUUGAGGAUUACAGGUGUUCGGAAGUGUUAUUAGAUCGUGGUGUAAGUGAGCGCAUACUAUCGCUUAGCGAACAACCAUGGCAAAUAAUGAAACAAUUAGGCAAGGAUUCAAUUCGUCAAAUGGAACUAAUGCGAUUCUAUUUACAACAUAAACAAGAUCCGCACGGUCCAAAUAUUGCACUAUUCAUUGGAAAUUUACCUCAAGCUCUAUCGCAGCGAAACUAUGAGCAAAUCAUAACAAAGUACACAACCGAAGAAAAUAAAUAUUCAAGCAUCGGACCCAUUUAUUAUGAAUACGGUUCGGUGGUGAUUACAUUUGAAAAUGCGGCCAAAGCGGUGCGUGCAUUCUAUAAUUUACGCGAAACCAUUGUCGAAGAGAAGAAAUUACAAGUGUUAUUGUUGCCAAAUAUUGAACCGAGCAUGGUGCCGGCUGGUGUACAGCCAUUAUUAGUAUUUGUUAAUGUAAAAUCUGGCGGUUGUCAAGGCUUAGAAUUGAUAUCCAACUUCCGAAAAUUAUUGAAUCCGUAUCAAGUGUUCGAUUUAGAUAAUGGCGGACCAUUGCCCGGUCUCUACGUAUUUAGACACAUUAAAGACUAUAGAAUUUUGGUGUGCGGCGGUGACGGUACCAUCGGAUGGGUAUUACAAUGUUUGGAUAAUGUUGGACAAGAUUCCGAAUGUUCAAGCCCACCGUGUGCUAUUGUACCAUUGGGAACAGGUAACGAUUUGGCGCGUGUAUUGCGCUGGGGACCGGGCUAUACCGGCGGUGAGGAUCCGUUAAAUUUGUUGCGCGAUGUAAUUGAUGCCGAUGAAAUACGCUUAGAUCGAUGGACCGUUGUGUUCCAUCCAGAAGAUAAACCAGAAGAUGCAGCGCAAAAAGCGCCACCGAGUGCUGGUAAGAAGAAAAAGCAGGUUCAUCAAGCACAGCCAUCACAACAGAAUCAGCAUCAAACUCCGGCCAUUCCGUCGAAUAAUCAGCCACAAGUGACCGGAGCAACACAGAGCGAGGAUAAUUCACAAAUUUUGGUGAUGAAUAAUUACUUUGGCAUUGGUAUCGAUGCUGAUCUCUGUCUCGACUUCCAUAACGCACGCGAAGAGAAUCCAAACAAAUUUAAUUCACGCAUACACAACAAAGGUGUCUAUUUCAAAAUGGGCUUACGUCGAAUGGUUGGCCGGAAAAUUGUCAAAGAAUUGCACAAAGAACUACGCUUAGAAGUUGACGGUAAAGUCGUUGACUUACCUCCAGUUGAAGGAAUUAUUAUUCUGAAUAUUUUAAGCUGGGGAAGUGGAGCAAAUCCAUGGGGACCAGAAAAAGAAGAUCAAUUCUCGAAACCAAACCAUUGGGAUGGUAUGCUUGAAGUGGUCGGUGUAACUGGCGUUGUGCACUUGGGACAAAUUCAGUCUGGCCUUCGAUCAGCCAUUCGAAUUGCGCAGGGUGGUCACAUCAAAAUCCAUUCGCACUCGGACAUUCCGGUGCAAGUUGACGGUGAACCAUGGAUUCAACCACCUGGCGAAGUGGUCGUGUUCAAUUCAGCUCUAAAGGCAACAAUGCUAAAGAAAAUUAAAAAUAAAAUGAAGCGUCGCAAUACUGAACCAUCGAUGACUGUUGCUGGUGGAGGACCAUCGGUGUCGUUGGCUGUAGCACACCACGAUAAUGACGAUCACGACAGUAAUAAUACAGACUUUUGAAUUUGGUACAAUGAACGACUCAUUUAAUGUGCUUAUUAAAUCAAACAAACAAAGAAAAAAAUCAAAAUUUAGAAUAUAACUAGUGAAAAGGCUAACUGUAGUCUUCGUUAAAUAAAAGCGAUUCAAGUUGAUUUUGAUUUAUUUAUUUUCAUCGCAUAUUUGUUUUGAACAGUGAUUUAGUCCUUUCUAAGGCUCGGCCGGAUGACGUUGAAUAAGGUUCUUCGUUCUGCACGAAGGAAUACGUUAUUCAAGUUAGUCCAGCGUGAAGCAAGAGGAACUGUUGCUGCGACUAUGAAAGCUCGCAUGAUCCACCGGAAAUCUUGAAAUUCAUCAACUAUCACACUCAAAAAUAAUAAUAAAAAAACAACAACACAGCAAAUUGUCUGGCAGCAAUAGAUAAGCACAUUAAAUAGUCGUUCAUUUCGGAUUUGAUUCCGAUCUGGUAAAUCCAAACGAAUAAUAAGAAAAAAAAUUAUGAUAAACUAAAAUGAAAACCAUUGAAUAAUUUAUGUUGUAACCUGAACGUUGUGCAUCAAUAAUAAACCAUGUAUUCAUUUUCAUUGAAUGAAAAGAAAAAUCCGAUUGAUAAAGAUAUUUAUUAUAUAAAAAAAAAUGAAAUGGAAAACUCCAAACCAAAAAUUCUAAAUUGAUAAAAGAAUAUGGCAACAAAGAACAACAACAACAAAAUAAAAGUGAAAACAAAAUGCAUAAAUAAAUCGAAUUAUAGAAAAAAAGUAAAGUAAAACAAACUUAGAAACAAUUUAAACAAAUUAUCUAUUGUGCAACAUGCGCAAAUCACACACACAUGUUUGUGCAUUUGAUACGACGUCUAUAAUAAAAAAAGAAACAAACAGCAACAACAAACCAAAAUUUCUACCAUGUUGUAUAAAAUCAUAGGGAGAUAUUUAACGAUUUGUAAAUCGCCAGUGCUCGCUUUUCAGCCAACAAUUCACCGCAUCAGCACCGGGACUUCAGUGAAAUUUGAUAAAGAAGGGCACAGCAACUGUGAGUGAAUGCAUCAUCACAACCAUAAAUAUCGAUAUUUAAAUUAACAACGUCGUACAAAAGUUAGAAGAAAAAAAAUACAAUUCGUAAAAAUGAUGGCGACAGACCAAAAAAAAGAAAAUGCGAACCAAAUUGUGAUGAAAACGUAAUAAAAACUGGUGAAAACUUUUGUUUUGACAACUGGACGAUGCAUUCUUUUCUUUAAAGAGAAUUUGUAUACAAUGGUCCUGGCCUGUGAAAGCAAUAACGUGCUGGUGUGCAGGUCACACCAUUUCACUCAUUCAAACCUCAUUCUGAAUCAUGCGACGCGAAAAAUCGUUUCUCUCUCGCUAAACAUCUAUGAAUUUAAUCAUAGAAAUCGCGCCAACAUCAUUCAACAAACAACAACAAAAUAUUAGAAAAUAAUAAAAUAGGAAGAGAAAUUAAACAAAAAUUAAAUUAAUAAAUAUAUUUACAAAAGAUAAAUGCAACUAAAAUAUUAAAUUAAACAAAAAAACAAUCUCUAUUUAGUAAAAUUUUACAAUAUUAAUGAGGGGAGCGUUAAGUCGCCCCCAAAAAUGCUACUCUAUCCGACGCUAAUGCGAAAGAAGACGAGCGUGCACGCUACAAGAUAUAAAAAAACAUACGGUUAAAUUGGGAGUUAGUUAGAUCUAACUCUCGCGUGCAAAACAUACAAACACUAUAAACAUUCAAACCAUUUUUCGUGCAAAUACAAAAUCCGAAAUCGAAGCGUACAACGUAUGACGAGUUAUAAACCAUUUCAAAAUAAAAAUAAAAUAUUAUUGCGUCAUCGCUCUCGUGUGUACAAAUAGAAAUUUAAACCAAAGCCACAAAAAAAUCUGUAGAAACAAAAUAUUAAAAAAUAUAGUUGAAACAAAGUAUAUUAAAAGAAUUACGGUAAUUCAUAUUACCUUAAACAAAUAUAAAAAACCAAUAAAUAGUGACGGAACAAUUAUUUGAUACAUAUUUGUUGUGCAUUUUUUUCGCUCUUUUAAAAAAUUGUGUGUCUCGAAAAAAAUUAUGUUUUUUUUUUAUUUAUUAUCAAGGUCAAAGUAAUGAUGACAUCAAUAUUGUUGAUAGAUUUAUCUACUAACUGAAUAAUGUGAAAGUAUUCAUUUAUUCGGCGCGUACACUUUUUGUUCAGUCGAUAUAAAAUUUACGUUUGUUUUUCUUCGUUCUAUCUUCUUUUUUUUUUUAAAUUAAGAACUAUUUUUGUUAAAAGAAAUUCGAAUUGGAAUUCGAUUUGAAAAAGAACAAAAGAAUAGAAAAAAAGCGAAAGUAUCGUAUUAAAAACGCAUUGUUUUUAUUGGAAAGAUGAUUGAAUUGAUCUAUUUUCUUUAACCUUGAUGGUAAAAUGUUUGCAUCGACCAUCUUAAGAUCGACCAUCAUAUUUUCAAUAUUAAAUUUAAUUUAUUAAACUUAACUAAGUAGUCAUACACUAGGUGAUUAAUAUCAACCAGUCCAAAGAUUAACUGUGUUGAACAGUGUUGAGUCAGUCAAAAUGAAAACUCAAGAAGAAAAAGUGACAAGAAAUUGUGAAAAUUAUUGUUUUUACGUAUUGAAUUCUAUUUAGAGUUGAUCCGUUUUAUGAUAUACAGAAUUAAUGAACAUCCAUUGAUGAUACUUUAUGUUCAAAUCAUUUGAAGAAACAACAUCGCAUCAUAAAAAAGGAAAAAUGCGCCCCAAAAACAUAUGAAUCAAAGCACCGUUGAUUGUGGUUGAUUUAUGCGCAAAAUGAAAAAAAAAACUUACCUCGGCCAUCUCUAAAGCCGAGUGUCUUUGUUAUGUUACAUACUGCUUUAAAGUUUAAUAAAAGAAAACACUAAUAAGUCAAACCAAAUAUUACGUUGUGUAAGACGCGCGAUGAAGCGAUUGAACGAUGUUCAAAACCAGUAAAUAACGCACAUUGAUUUUUUCACACAAAAAAAAAACAUAAUACAAUAAUAAAAAGCUUAUUCAGUGUUAAACUGUCUUUUUUUUGUUUCAAGUUUGCAACGCGCAGACAAAAUAAUUCUAAACUUUCAUUUUCCGUUUCAUCACGUAUAUUUCCGUAUUGUUUCAACUUAUUAUUUUCAAACGACAACGACGAUUUACCAAAUGAAACCGUUGACGUGGCAAACGGACACAAGUCAAAAUUUUAAGGUUUUUAUUGAGUGUUGCAUAGGAAAUGGAAGUGUUCAUACUUGUGGUGAUUCUUCUUUUUCUCUGUGUUUUUCCUGUUUUGGUGAAUUAUUUCGACAAAUAUAUUAGUGCUUUCAAGCGCGAAUCGAGGCUUCCUUCAAUUGAAUUCUUCUUUUCCUUAAUUCAAUUGAAAAUAUCCUCAUUGAAAAAUUGUCGAUAAUUUUCCAUUAAAAAACAUUCAAUUGAACCGAUUAAAAGCUGAUUUGUAGUCUGAUAGUCGAUGGUCUCAAUACAAACACUAAACCACUUCUUUUUUGCCAGCAUUUUUUUGGUCUCGAGUGGAGAUCGAUUCUUUUGUUGCAUUUAUUUAUCGUCGAAAAUUCCAUGGAAUACAAUACUAAAAGCUAUCAGGAUACACAUCAAUCAGUGACAAUACUGCAAGAUACGUUUCAAGUAAUUUGAAACUAUUUGUGUCAUGCAGUCAGACAAAUUGGUGUAAACACUCUCUAAUAUGUUACUGCUGUAACACAUUGAUGUAUAAACAUUUGAAAUCCAAAACUAUCCUGACAAAUGAUUCCAUUUAACAUUUCGCAGCAUAUGCCACGCUGCUGAAAUCUGAAGUCUCACCAUGCUCAACUGUUCCAAUUGAAUCAUAUACAAACACACUUUUGUUCAAACAUUCUUAGUUUAAUUCAAUAAAUCUUGAGCUUUACCUUUUGGUUUUAAUGGAAUUUAAAACAGAUUGAAAUUGAGCAGUUGCAGCUGUUGAGAUUUCCUAUAUGUGGGUGUACCUACCUUAAAAUUGAAAACUAUUAUGAUCGACACUAUUACCUAAACAAACAUCUAUUUCAAAUGAAUUUGUUUCCAAAUAAUUUUUUCUUACUUUCACAGGAUCAAUGUGGGAGUUUUGAGCUUUAAGAACGAUUUGUUCGUUGGGAUCGAAGAAGUGAUCUUUGAUGAAAAACGAACGAUCAAACAAGCACUGAUCCAAAUUAAUCCAUCUUUCGUUCAACAUAAUUGAAUAGCUUAAACGCUUAUCGAGUAAUUUCUCAAACAGGUAUGAGCCACCUUCAACAAGCCUCUGUUUGUUAAAUUCUCGUUUUGACCGUUUACUCAUUUUUUUCUUGAUUUCUUUCAACAAAUUAAUUUGAAAUCCAGAUGUUAGCAACUUGCUGUCCAAACUUAGAAUGGGGCUCUAUGAAAUAGAUUUAAUUUGGCCAGAUAAUCUCGUUAAACUAGAAUGAAUAACAAACCAUCGAUUGAAUCCUUUCAAAUUCUUCUUUAAAAAAAUGUUGUCUUCGAUUCAAUUCGACACGUUCCAUUCAUUCUAUUCAUUACAUAUUUGGUCACUGUAUUUUCUAUUUCAUAAAUUAAUAUAUCAAAAGUUCUACUGUUUGGAUUGUGACUUUGUAUCACAACUGAGGUGAAAACGCACACACGGCCAUACAAUUCAAAUUCAAACGUUGUAUCGUGUUGUGGGCGAAUUUGGUUCAUUCAUACAAUUUCGUCCACACUCAAAAUAAAAAAAAUAGUCCGUAUCAUAAUAAAUUUUCAUAUUGGUGUCGGACAUUUCCAAAUCGACAUCAAUACCAUCACCAAACAAAAACCAUUACGUUAUAUAUCUAAGUUAUGGAAAAGACUCUUUCAACCGAAAGAGCAAACAAAGAACAAACCAAACCAAUAUUUAAUUAUAUUACUAUUUGAAAUUACAUAAAAAAAAUGAGAAUAUGUAAACAUUGGUUAUGUGCAAAAAAAAUAACAACAAAGUAAACUACAAAUAUAUUUAAAAAAAGUAAUAAGCACAAAAAAAAAAUAUUAAAAAAUUCUAGAAAAUUAAGUUAAGUUAUUGGAUAUAAUCUAUUAAUUUAAACAACAAAAAAAAAUGUGGUGGAAACCAUAACCACACACACAAAUUAAGAAAUAUGAAGAAAGAAAAGAGAAAAUUAAAUGGAGUUGAAAUGGACUCCAUUGUUCAUUGCACGAUGCUCUGCAAUGAAAUAUGCCAACAAAUAAACUACGAAAAUAAUAUAAAACUUUCAACAAUGACUCAUUAAAGAACUUUUGCAAAUCAAGUAACAACAACAAAAAUGAAGGAAAUCGACGAUUCUUACCUUUACCUAAACAAAAACCUACACAUCCAUCUCUUUACAAUUAAACGCAUUUCGCAAAAAACACACACACCGUUUCAUUAAUCGAAAGUAAAACAAUUCAGAUUCAGAUAAUUUAUUGUAUGUACAUGUUGUUUGAGUUAGAAAACUCUUAGACAAACAAAAAUAUCGUGAAUUGGACAUAAUAUCUUCGGAAGAAAGAAACCCAAACAUCAUCCGUAAACCAGUCCAAAUAUGAAUAGUUUAUUCCUAUUUCGCAAUUGAAUGGACGGCGAGGGUAGGAGGUAGUUCGAUUUGGAUCAAAUUCGCAGAUAUUCUAAAAGCACAUUAAUCUUGAAGAGUUUGAAUGAAUUUUGACCUAUUCGAAACGAACUCCCUUCUCAAACUAUUACCAAAAGCACCGACACAGGACAUACAUUUCUUAUCUUUACGAUUGAACUAUUCAUAAUAACCAGAAAAACCAGAAAAUAGAACUGAUUUAUUCCACUUAAGUAAAAAAAACAGUAAUCCAAAUACUUAGCAAUUAAAUAAUUUCUUUCUACAUACCGUGACUAAACUGAUUUAUACAACAAAAGCAAACAAAAAUUGCAUCGUACCAAAAAAAAAAUCAUGCAAAACUUUAUGAAGAAAAAAGUCGGUGUGUUUGUUCUUGUGUUCAAAUCCUUCAAUGAACAAACGCACACUGAAACACACACAACACUAACAAACACCUAAAGCAGGUCCAUAGACAAAUUAAAGAACAACAACAACUAUUCUAUUUAAGAAGAGUCGACAAAUAUUUAUUUAUUUUACAACCAAACAAAUACAAAACAUGAUAUAACAUCAAGCAGCGAUACUUAAAAUCGCCAUACAAAAAAAAAACAUUUGCUCGAAUAGCACAAGGUUCGUUCGCAGCAUCAAAUGAAUAACAAAUUAAAAAGUA